GUUAUUGAGCCAUCAACAAAAUCCCAAGGAAGUGGUCAGCGACACUUGCGAGCGACAAAUGAUAAUUCUACUGCAAAAGGAUCACAAGUCCAUGCCCGACGCCCUCAGAGUAAACAACCAUUACAAUAUAACCAUGAUGGAACAUUAUGUGGACUUGACUUCCUGGAGACAAUUUUACAAGGACUUGCCAAGGGCACGCUUAACCAUGUUGUCCCAAUAGCCGUCAGCUCGACAAAGUCCCAGGAAAGAAUUAUGGAACUCUUCAAUUUGGGUGUUGCAGAUGUCUUGCUUAAGCCGAUCGAAGAACAAGCGGCAAGGACUUUAUUUCUGAAUGUACACCGCUACAGCAAGUAUAAGACAGCUAUAACGAUUCCUAGAUACACGACGCAAAAGAAUACGCUUGCUCUUCCGAGUCACACUCGACUCCGUAAUGUGUUCUUGAAGGAUCAAUGGCUUUCUGAUAUUUUGAUCAGUCAUUACUGUCCAACACCAUCCAAGAUGUCACUGCGAGAUUUUCCCUCAAUGUCUUCAGACGCAGCACUAGAGCGUGUAGAGGAGCUCAAAAGCCGUUUACUAUCUUGGGACUUUCAUCCACAUGAUCUUUGUGAGGAUGACCUCAUGCGCUGCGUUGUGAUUGUCAUUCAGGAAGUAAUGAAGCUGGAUGGACUUGGGGAUCUGAAUAUUCCUGAACACUUACUGCAUCGCUUUGUGAUCGGUCUGCGUGAUUCAUACCAUCGAUCCAACCCAUAUCAUAACUUUGCACACGCUGUCGAUGUACUCCAAGCAACAUUUUACUUCCUUUGCAGGAUGGGUAAACUCCCAGAGACAGGUUUUGGCUUCCCUCCUUUCCCUCUUACCAAUGGCGGCGAUCACGGAUCCGAGCCCGAAUCACCUGAGUCAUCGGUGACUAUACCCACUAACGCUCCCUAUGCUGACCAGGGAGACGGCCUACCGCCUUUUUCGAUUCAGGAUUAUCUACGACCCGAGGAUAUUUUUGCACUAGUCGUGGCAAGUAUUGGUCAUGAUGUGGGCCAUCCGGGAGUCAACAACAUGUUUUUGGUCAACGCGCACACACCCUUGGCACAAGUGUACAAUGACCGGUCUGUCCUUGAGAGUUUUCAUUCAAUGGCCUUGUUUCAUGUCAUGAAAAAACAUGGCUUUGAGUGUUUUGAUGUCGACUCUCAGAACCGCAAGUUUAUGGAGUUCAGAAAGAUGGUUGUGAGUACGAUCCUGGCCACAGAUAUGGGUCUCCAUUUCGAUUACGUUGGCAAGAUCAAGGAACAGACGGAACGCUUGCGUCUUCGUAGGCAAUCUGGCAGUGAUACUCUCAAGCCCAAUCAGGCUAGCAUUGAAGAGCAAGAACGCUUGGUUCUCUGUGGAACAUUAAUUAAGUGCGCCGAUAUUAGUAAUGCUUCAAGGCCGUUCCAUGUGGCAGAGAGAUGGUCGACUGUCUUACUGCAGGAAAUGUGCAAUCAAGCUGAUAUUGAGAAGGAGAUGGCAGUCUGCUCAGGAUCACAAUCAGUUCCUGCUGGCUCUACCAAGAGCCUAGCUAAUGACAAAGGGAUGCAAAUUGACUCCCAACUUGGGUUCAUCCACGGAUUUGCUAUGCCUCUAUUUAGCAGUGUAAAAGAAAUUAUUCCAGAGAUGGGAUACUGUGUUGAGUACCUUCAAAUCAACCAUGCUAUCUGGCAAGAGCGGAAGACUGAGUACCUCAAACACGGAAAAACAUCGGUAUUUGCUGGUCUAGAUAUCAAUAAUAACGGCAAUAGCAACGGUAUUCAUACUGCUGGCGACUCAGGACACAGUGAGGAUGAGUACCAGGCUCCGAUAACCAAGAAGGCGACUCCAGUAAAUCAUAAUGGCAAGCAUAGGAAUAUGACUGGAAAACAACCUUUAGAGAUUUCUGUAUUGAAGAGUGGAGUUAAUACCAGGUCCACAGUAUCUAGGAAGCCUCAGCAGCCAAAGUUAUCGGGAUCAGAGGAACAGAAAUCUAGCCCAGAUGGUGCUGUCCUGACGCCCGUCAAAUUACAAGCGAGUAGUUCGAGACGAACGCCUUCCAGUAACUCUAUUAAUAGCAAUGGCGGCACAGCAUCGGAUUCAUCUAGUUCUAUCCCGCGGCUAAGGACAAAAUCCAAGGCUAUGACGCCGGAGAAUGGUUGUGUUGCGGAGCCACGGAGACAGGAUAGUUACCGUGCAAGUAGUGUUCAUCAACAGCAGUACCAGAAUAAUGGUCGUCCCCGACCACCAAGUUCGCGGGUACGAACCUCAACGCCAGCAAUCUCUAUAUCUGUUCCUAUGUCAUCUACUUCUCCAGAGUCAAAAUCAAACACUGCUUAUACUUCACCUAAAAUUCAGCAGCAGCAUCAAGUCAAUGGCGAUCGUAGACUGAAUUCGCCAGGACGUCAAUCAUCGGCACCUGGACAUUCAAAGCAUGACAAGGUCAAAGACAAGCCAUUUCCCUUGGAAAUGAUGAAAAGUGUUGACAACAUACAGCUAGAUGAAUCUCCUGACCCUUUAGUUUCAGAAACACCUUCGCCGACAGAGCAGGCUGUGGCUGUUGCCGAUGAACUGACAGACGUACAAACCCCAGUUACGAUUAUUUCCACCACUUCAAUCACUGCAGUCUCUGCAUGUGACUCACCUUGAAUGACAACACUUCCCGGAUAGGAUACCAGGAGUGCGUUAAAUGACAACCCCUUCAUUUUUUUUUUUACUAUUAUUAUCAUCAUUU